AUGUCUGUAGCUCGGUUUCCCGCCGAAUAUGACGAUCGGGAGUCUAAGAAGGCUAAGAAGAUAGCAUCACCCGUGCUGGGCUUCUCGGACGAAGAUAAGGUCAAAACCAUCCAACCCCACGAUGAUGCUCUAGUCGUCACGCUUAAGAUUGGGGGAUAUGAUGUGAGGAGAAUGCUAGUUGAUCAAGGCAGUGCUGUGGAAGUAAUGUACCCCGACCUAUACAAGGGGCUGAAUCUGAAACCCGAGGAUUUAACAGCAUACGAUUCUCCUCUAGUAAGCUUUGAAGGGAAGACCGUUACUCCAAGGGGCCAGAUCAGAUUGCCUAUACAAACAGGUUUGGACAUGGUGGAGGUGGACUUCAUUGUGGUUGACGCUUAUUCACCCUAUAGGGCCAUAGUGGCUAGGCCUUGGCUUCAUGCCCUAGGGGCCGUCUCUUUUACCCUGCACCAAAAGGUGAAGUACCCGUCGGAGGGUCAAGUCAAAGAGGUUAUGGGGGACCAAGCCAUGGCCAGACAGUGCAUGCUGUCCGCCAUCUUGCGGCAACAUUGUGCUGAGCCCUCGACCUCUACUGAAAGUGGCUUAUAG